CGAGAAGUUGGUCGUUCUUGAGCCGAUAGCGUCACAAUGGCGGCCACCACUCUAGAUGAGGUGGACGCACAGCUGAAGGAGAUCAUCAGUAACCUGUUCCACUUGAUUGCACAGGCUUACGACUAUCAAGGCCAAGGCACGCAGCAGGCAAUGCACACCGAGAUACGCACGCUUUUGCAGAAUCUUCAGUCCAUCAGCCAAAGCGCACGGCGCUUGCCAACACACAUUCCAAUCGAGAUUAUCGAGUACGUGGAGAAGUCGCGUAAUCCGGACAUCUACACGCGCGAGUUUGUCGAGCUGGUCAUGAAGUACAAUCAGCAGCAGAAAGGUCGAAGCCAAGCAUUUGCCCAGUUUCGUGACAUUCUGGCUGAGAGAAUGUUGAGCGGCAUCACCGAUCCCGAGUUUCAAGAUGAAGUGAGAACAGUCGCUCGCGCGUCAGGAAGCCAGAUCUAGCCAUCGUGGUCCUCAUCAUGAUACUUGGAAUCACACAUUAUCUGCAUCGGCACACCCUCGAAACUCAAAUGCGACACAUAGAGCGCGGGUGUCAACCAGUGAGCAUCGAGCAUUAUAGCAAUG